AUGGUAAUGUAUUGGAAUAUCAAGUUCCCGAUCGCUGUUGGAGCUCUGUGCAACGGGUUGAUUUCCCGUGGCGUGGAGGCGCAGCAGGUCAGGCGCCCCGAAUGGGUCGGCAUCCCUGACGAUGUCAUGAAAGAAUUCAAACUACAUAAUCAGCUCAGAGAAGGAUUUGAUGCCCCUUGCCAGCGUGUAUCGAAGGACGAUGAGUUUGCCAUCGACAAUGAGAUCCUUUCCUUUCGCGACGACGAUUUGCAGAGGUUGGAUGAUAUCUUUGCUGACGGCGCCGAAUACUAUUUGGACGGUGUCAAGCAAAACGCGCUUCCGCCCACUGCGAUCUACAAGAGCAAAGAUAGUCCAAACGUACUAGUUACCAAGGAUGGCCAUGGUCAGCUUGAGCGUGCCAGCAAAGUCGACCCAGCAACGGGUGAGAGUGUGUUUCUAGUUCCAUUGGAACUUGAGUCCAAGUUCUUUGUCGAAGUGGGACCCACUGACGUCGACGAGCGGAAAUUGCGCAAGUUUAGGUACGGAGAGGCUGAAGUUGUUGACUCGGGGGAGGCGGUCAGGAAGCGCCUUCUUAGGUCUACCAAACUCGCCAUCGAAGAACAAAUCCCUGUAGGUGAGCGCCAUCUACAGACAACAUGCCAGGCUUAUGAUGUGAUUGAGGUGGCUGUGGUUUAUGAAAGCAGGUUUUGCAACUUCUUUGGUGGUCCUUCCAGUUCCAACAACAUUGUCCAGACAAUUAUUGCCGAAACAAGUGUGAAGUACCAGCAGUUCUGCAAGAAGGUUUCCAUGUCUUAUAUUGAGGGUCACUGCAACAGCGCAACCGAUCCUUAUUUCUCCAUGUUUUCGGGGUCUGUUUGUGGAGACUCUGGUUCCCUAUUGACCCAGUUCCGAAACUAUUGGCGUGCUGAACGACAAGGCAUCCCACGCGAUACCGCUCAUUUGUUCCAUGCCUUCACCCAUCCGGCGUCAACCAUCGGCUGCGCAUACAUUGGAGCACUUUGCAGCUCCCAGUUCGGAUAUGCUGUCAAUGAGAUCACGUUUGGACGAAAUGACAACCAAAAUCUUUGGGCGGUCUUGGUGGCUCAUGAACUAGGACACAACGCAGGAGCAAACCAUGACUGUUGUGGCUUCAUCAUGAAUGGAGGAAUUUGUAGCUCUUGUCAAACUUUCAGUUCUCAGUCUGUUGGCGAGAUGAACAACUUCAUUGGGUCCGUCACCUGCAUUGACCCCGAAGCAAAUACCGCCACCCCUACGAUUGGCAGCCCUGAAGCGCCCACCUCCGUUCCGAGCGUUGUCCCAACCGUUGCAACGGGAGAGCCUUCAGGAAGGCCUAGCAUGCUCCCAAGUGUUGCCCCUUCUCUCGAGCCCUCCAUGAAACCAUCAGAAGGCCCGAGCAUGAUGCCAACCGAAAGCAGUGAAAAUCCUAGCAGUAGCCCUACAGCAGCUCCCACAGCACCCAUUGAUUUUCAACCCACUGCGGUGCCCACGAAUGCUGAUGUUCCUACCAGUGCCCCUGCAACACCUAGCCCAAGGAACCCACUACCUUGCCCUACAAGCCCCGCUCCACCCACCAACCCGCCCAUGGAUGGCACGUGUGCAGCCCGGUUCCAGUAUUGUGACCAGAUUCCCUGCUGCCCUGGCUGGCAAUGCUUCUAUGGCAUUGUGUGUUUCUAA